AUGAGUGUGAUCACUCCCAUUGAAACUCUACACCUGAAGUCAACAAUUCGUCUUCUUCCAAGAGGUCUCCCUCAUGUUUAUCGUAGUCAACGGAUCCAAUUCUUCCCGAUCAACACCUUCUCCAACUCUUCUCUCCCUUCUCCACUUCGCAUUCACCCGAUUUCUCUAGGUAGCGGAUCGAGGAAUCUGUGGCGUCGAUAUGCUUCCGAUAAAUUCUCGGAUCCUGGAGCUGAUUCACACAAGAUGUUGAGUGAGAAGGCAUCUAUAGUGGAUACAUUGAAGAAAGCAAACACAAUUCUUCCUCAUGUAGUGUUGGCGAGUACUGUCUUAGCUCUUCUCUAUCCACCUUCUUUCACUUGGUUCACUUCGAGGUACUUCGUUCCGGCUUUAGGGUUCUUGAUGUUUGCCGUUGGUAUCAAUUCAAACGAGAAAGACUUUCUUGAAGCCUUCAAGAGACCAAAAGCUAUACUCCUUGGUUACAUCGGACAAUACCUCAUCAAGCCUCUCCUUGGUUUCAUCUUUGGCUUAGCUGCUGUUUCUCUUUUCCAUCUCCCAACUCCAAUAGGUGCUGGAAUCAUGUUGGUUUCGUGUGUUAGUGGAGCUCAGUUAUCAAACUACGCCACCUUCUUGACUGAUCCAGCUUUGGCUCCUCUUAGCAUCGUCAUGACAUCUCUAUCAACCGCUACCGCGGUUCUCGUCACGCCGAUGCUAUCGCUCUUGCUCAUCGGGAAGAAACUUCCCGUUGAUGUCAAAGGAAUGAUCUCCAGCAUUCUUCAGGUCGUUAUCGCUCCAAUCGCUGCAGGAUUGCUACUCAACAAGUUGUUUCCGAAAGUGUCCAAUGCAAUCAGACCGUUUCUUCCAAUUCUAUCGGUUCUUGACACGGCUUGCUGCGUUGGAGCGCCACUGGCGUUGAACAUAAACUCGGUCAUGUCUCCGUUUGGAGCCACGAUUUUGUUUCUGAUUACAAUGUUUCAUCUCUCAGCUUUCCUUGCUGGUUACUUCCUCACAGGUUCGGUUUUCAGAGACGCUCCAGAUGCUAAAGCCUUGCAAAGAACAUUGUCCUAUGAGACUGGAAUGCAGAGUAGUCUUUUGGCUUUAGCACUUGCGACUAAGUUCUUUCAAGAUCCUCUUGUGGGGAUUCCUCCUGCCAUCUCUACGGUGGUAAUGUCAUUGAUGGGAUUCACACUUGUUAUGAUAUGGUCUAACGAAAACAAGAGUGAAACAUUGAAAACCCCUUUUUGA